GCCCCGGUACUAGUGGACAUAUGCAGCUCGGCAGCAGUGUCCCUAUGCCAGAAUGGAGGGACAUGUCUGAACAGAGGAAACUCUUUCAGCUGUCAGUGUACGGAUGGCUGGACCGGACCGCAGUGUGAUCAAAAUGAUCCUGUUCUAUCAGCACCGGUGCUGGUGAAAUCUCCGCAGACAACUUUCGCCCAGCUCUUCAGCGAGACAGUUUUAGAGUGUGGCGCAGUGGGGAACCCUCAGCCUCUCAUCACUUGGUUCAAAGACGGGCUCGAAAUGAUGGGGGCAACCACGAAAACUCUCGUGAUAGGAGAAGUGGAUUUGUCAGACAGGGCUGCCUAUCACUGCACAGCGGUAAACCCGCAAGGGAGUGUCACUUCUGAAGUGGCAUAUCUGAACAUCAUGGGGCUGGCUCAGUAUGCAGUAGUAGUCAUUUCUGUGGAAACUGAUCUUUCUGAGGUUGACAAAUGGUUUGAUGUGAAUAUUGAGGGGACUGACACUGAUAUUGGUGGUAGUGGCAGGAAGGUCAAUGUUCUUUGCAUGGACUCUUUCAACCAGACAGGAGAAGAGACGUGGAGCAGUUUUAUCUCUCUCCAGUCGGUGGAUGGAGAGGACCCGAAGCUCCCACAAGUGGCUGAGGGUAUCUCUAAUCUCCUGACUACAGCUGGAGAUGAACUAAGGAUUGAACUAUUUCUCUAUGACAUCACAAGAACGGAUGGUUGUCCAGAGGUGACUACUAUUCUGUUCAACUCGACUGAUUUCGAGCUCCCCUGGCCGGAGCUGCCGUAUGGAGGACUGGCUGAGAUCAGCUGCCCGUGCAACGCUGCUACUCUUCCGCUCUCCGCCUCUCGGAGAUGUGCCGGGAAUAUAGCGGGAGGUGUGGCCGAAUGGGCGGAGCCUGACGACUCCCAAUGUCAUUUCACAGAAGCGACAAGAAUCCUGUGUUCCGUCCCUGAUAUAGAGGAGCUAUCGUCAGUGACUGACCAUCCUGAAGAUUUGGGUACACUGGAGGUUUUCCUGAGUGCAGUCAACAUCCGACUAUUCUCAGACAACACCACGACCGGAAAUGCUACAAGGAGUGACGAAGUAUUGGCAGCUAUUGACCACUUGCUGUCAGCACCUCCUGAAGUCCUACAGCAGAGCCAGCUAGAGUUCAACUCUUCCACACUGUAUGUCUAA